AUGGUUUCUAUAAUUUCCAGUCAGCUCUAUCUAAAUGAAGUCCCCUGAUAAUAAGUGAAUGAAUAAUUACCUAAAUAUAUUAAUGAUUAUAAUUGCCAUCACUUUAAUUUCUUUUGUUUGUUAAGAUUAUUUGGAAAAGAAGUGGUAACAUUGUAACAGCAUUCUUCAAGGAGGAUUUUUUCGGCCUUCCAUCCCAACUGUGGAACUGUCCUCAUCAUCACUCGUCUUUAUUGCUUUCGCUUUCUUGCUUGCCUGACAAUCCGGUUUCCGGUAUUGUAGCAUUCAGCCGUUCACAUUCCUAUUGCUUUUGUAAAAAAAACACAAUUAUCACAAUCUACCUUUGAGAACUUGUUGCUAGGGUGCUUUCAAGGCUAUAGCUGCAUUAUAAUAGUUAUUGUUACAUUCUCAGCUUUAAAUUGCUUCUGUUCUCUAAUUCUCUUCAAUUGCCAAUAGUCAGCGCUCUGAAUAGGUGAGGUUAAGCAUUCUACUCUUUUUAUUAGGUACCUCAUUAUUUCUGCUGAAUCACAUUGCUUUAACUUGAUCUUUUGAUUAGAAAGAAAUGGCCAGAGUACAGGAAACAGCUCCCGCUUUCGAUGGUACUGCCGUCAUCGACAAGGAAUUUAAAGAAAUCAAAAUGUCUGACUACAAGGGCAAAUACGUUGUACUGUUUUUCUACCCGCUUGAUUUCACGUUCGUGUGCCCAACUGAGAUCAUCGCCUUCUCCGACCGCGCUCAAGAGUUCGAGAAGAUUAAUUGUCAGGUGAUUGCUGCCUCUUGCGACAGCCACUUCACUCAUCUGGCCUGGAUCAACACGGCGCGCCAGAACGGUGGACUCGGCGAAAUGAACAUUCCUCUGUUGGCCGACAAGAGCGGAGCCAUUGCCAGGGCCUACGGCAUCUACGACGAGAAGACCGGAGUCCCCUUCAGGGGUCUCUUCAUCAUCGAUGGAAAACAGAAGAUCCGUCACAUCACCGUCAACGAUCUGCCCGUCGGUCGCUCUGUCGAUGAGGCCCUGCGAGUCGUCCAAGCAUUCCAGUUCACAGAUGAGCACGGCGAAGUGUGCCCUGCUAACUGGAAGCCUGGUAAGAAGACCAUGAAGCCGGAUCCCAAGGGAGCUAAGGAGUACUUCCAGAGCUCCUAAGUCUCAAGUUCCUUUAUUGAAGUUCACUAUUUUCUUUUCCGACUACUUUUCGUUUUGUUUUCUUUCUCUAAAUGAUUUGAAAUAGUUUUCUAAGGGUUUUUCUAAAAGUAUAUUUUUUCAUUUACUGUUAAAGUUAAUUCAAUUCUUUUAGGCUAGUUUAAAUGUUUGAAGUAGAUUCAUUUUCAUUUCAAAGUAAUUUUAAUUUCUUUAAAUAUUUGAAGUUAAUUAAAUUCCACAAACUCAUCACUUGUAUUCUUAGUUUUUAUUCAGAGAUUGUGAUAUUUGAGUGGAUGUAAUAUGAUUGUGAUAUGGAGAGGUUGAGUAAUUGAAGUUAUGUUGCAGCAUAAGAUUGCUAAUAAAUUUGAUGAGUAUUUCUUAU